AUGGUUUUGUCUGUCCCAGUAAUUGCUCUGGGAGCUACAUUGGGGACUGCUACUAGCCUCCUUGCCUUAUGUGGUCUUACCUGCUUCUGCAAAUAUAAGCGACCUGGGAAAGGAUCCUCAGAUAAGGAACAGGAUCUGGAGACGGAAAAUGCCAAACCUAGCGUGCUUCAGGCACUCCAUCAGUUUAAUGUUGAGAAGACAGCAGAGCCAGUACAACCCCGGACAAUCCUUGGCUUUCUUCACAUCUAUGGCCCAAAGCCUGUCGUGACCACCUCAGAAAUAGUUAACUAUGUAGAUUACAACUUGAAGACAGUAGAAGAACCAAGCAACGGAAAACCUGAAGCUCUGGAUAAGAAAAGGAUGACCAUACAAGUCAAUGAAGAGCUAUUUCUUCUCCCUCAAAAUGGUGGUGUGAAGGAUGUUUGUGUCACUGAGCGCCUCAGUCCUGAAAAUGCUGCAGGCUGCAACCAAGUCCCAGAACUUCAUUAUUGUCUGGGCUACAACCGACAGAAAGAAGCUCUCUCCGUUGCUUUUCUUGAAGUUUUAUAUGGAACCACAUCAGGAGACCAAAACAAUGGAAGUGAUUGCUACAUCUUAGGCACUUUGGUGAGCAACUCUGGAACUAUAGAAGCCCAGACAGUGAUGAAGAAGAAGCAAGUCCAUGUUGUCUGGGAAGAAGCUCUACUGUUUCCGGUUAAGGAGAAAAUGCUGCCGGAGGGGACAUUAACCCUCACCUUGAGGAACUGUGACAAGUUCUCUAGACACAGCAUUGUUGGUGAAAUUAAACCAAAUCUGGCUUCUGUACGGGAGCAAUAUGGACCAGUACAGUCUGAGAAAGUGAAAGUCCUUGACAAGGAACCAGACUCGGGCUAUGGAGAAGUUCUGCUUUCUAUCAGCUAUUUGCCUGCAGCAAAUCGCCUGCUUGUGGUACUUAUAAAAGCCAAGAACCUCCAUUCCAAACAGCUGAAAGAACUCAUUGGAAAAGAUAUAUCUGUCAAAGUGACACUGAAGCACCAGGACUUGAAACUGAAAAAGAAGCAGACAAAGCAUGCAAAACACAAGAUCAACCCAGUAUGGAAUGAGAUGAUCAUGUUUGAGGUGCCCCAUGAUCUGCUCUGUGCUUCAAGUGUGGAGCUGGAGAUGCUAAGCCAGGAUGCUGAUGGGCAGAACCGCUUACUGGGCAAGUGUAGCCUUGGUCUGCAUGCUGUGGGAACUGAGAGGAACCACUGGGAGGAGAUGCUGAGGAACCCCAGGAGGCAGAUUGCUAUGUGGCACCAACUUCACAUGUAG